AUGAAUGCAUUUAAUGCUAAGUUAGCGGCUUCCGAUGCUAAUCUUUCCGGGAGGGUUUACCAGGAAGGAUUUGCGGCUCCCCCACCUGAUGGGGAUGGCCCUCCCGUCGCUUUCGAUCGCGCUUUUGCCGCAUUGAUCUCGUUCCAGCGAGAAGGUCGCGUUCCGCUCGCCAACGUCGCAACGUUCAAUUUCGACCCCUCCGUUUCUAGCGCCUUCGUCGCCACGCGCUACAAGCUUCUCUCGCUGCCCGUUCCGCUUGUUCCCGAGAAGCUGACGUGGCCCGACGCGUACCCUGUAUGGGUGAACGAAUCGCGCUCAUCCUGUCCGGAAAUUCCGGAACCGAACUAUCCUGAUUGGCUGACCAGCAUCCACGCAAUUGUCGCACACGUGCUCUGCGACGAGCCUAGCGAUUCCUGGGCGAAGGAUGUUCGCUGGAUACACCACCUUCUCACUAUAACAAGCUUCGUCAUUAGGGCGAAUCGCACGUGGUUACCAGUUGUGUUGCUCUCUGCAUGCCGCCCGCCGCCCAACCUCUUCCACUGCUCGCGACUCGUGGCGCGGGAUGGUGACACGUGGCUGUACAACCUGACGGCCAGUGAAAUGCGGACACGUAUACAGCCCUUAGGGUCGUGCGCCAUGGCUCAGCCAAUCAGCAGCGAUGUCUCAGCUAACCAGCGCGUCGCGUAUGCUACAGUGCUACACUCGUCCGAUCGCUAUGUGUGCGGCGCAAUAGUACUGGGGCACAGCAUAAAGAGGACGGGGAGCGGGCACGAGAUGGUUGUGCUUGUAUCGAAAGAAAUUCCAGAAAAGAGCAGGCGAGGGCUGAGGGAGGCGGGGUGGACGGUGAAGGAGAUUGAGAGAAUUCGGAACCCCAACGCAGUGAAGGGGGCUUAUAACGAGUGGAACUACAGCAAGCUGCGGCUGUGGCAGCAGACGGAGUACACCAAGCUGCUCUUUAUUGACUCGGACCUGCUCCUGUUGACCAGCGUUGACUUUCUCUUCUCCUACCCCGAGAUCUCCGCCCGCGGAAAUGACGGCUCAGAUUUCAACUCAGGCGUGAUGGUCCUGGAGCCGUCGAGAUGCACGUUUGAGCUGCUGAUGGCAAAUCUGGAGCGCGUGAAAUCGGCGAAUGGGGGGGACCAGGGCUUUUUGAACAAUGUCUUCACCUGGUGGCACCGCUUACCAGAGUCUAUAAACACCCUCAAACCUGUCUGGACCUCUGACUCUGUGAAGAAACAAGCUAUCAUUGAUAUGAAGAGCAGGUGGUUUUCAGAAGACCCUUCGGAAAUCCACGCAAUACACUACCUUGGUAUGAAGCCAUGGUGGUGUUACCGUGAAUUUGAUUGCAACGUGCUGAUACCUGAAUUUGUCGACUUCGCUAACGAGGCGGCUCAUAAGAGGUGGUGGAGUGUACACGACUCAAUGCCAAAUCCCCUCAAGAAAUUUUGCUGGAUAACAAGUGAAGCAGAGGAGAAGCUGAAGAAGCUGAUAGAACAAUCGAAGCCAAAAACAUUGCCUUAA